UUUUUUUUUUUAUACCUUUUCUCAUAUCACACAUUCAUUCUUGCAAAGAUGGCCAUUGCUUACCUCUAAAAGCCGUUCCCUCUUUCUCAGGGCAACACCGACACUACUCGAUUCUCACUAUCCUAAUCUCAAUCCACCCAUUCAAACGCAUCCCUAAACCAUGAUCCAGUCCGCAUCCUACUCCGCAAGCACCCUUUGCUGCCGCAUUUCCACAUCCUUUUCUUCCUUUUCUACUUUCACUUCCUCUCGCUCUUCCAUACUUUAUUCAUUCAACGCAAGUUAAAAACGUCUCAACAAAGCAUUUUUUUUUUUAAUAUUCCAUUUUUAUGUAUAGUACAGUAGUAUAGUCAGCUUUUUUUCAUUUUUUAUUUGUAUCUAGUCCUUUUUGUAUUUACUGCUUCACCUCCAGCCAACAUUCCUUAAAAAGACACUCACUUUUUGAUCCUACCCGAAUUAUCCCUCCAAGUGUUGUCACACAAGAACAAUGUCCACUAUUGAAUCUCCAUCCGGAUCCACCGACGCUUGGUCGUUGGUCGGAUCCUUGCUCGUCGAUAAACCCAACCAGACUUCCUAUCAGAUCUUGGAUGUUCUUGGCUAUGGUACCUAUGGCUGCAUCUAUCUUGCAAGGACCCUUUCCCGCUCCCCCGAUGUCUCUCCAGACUUCAAGGCCAUCAAGUGUUUGUCAAAACACGGCCUCACUCCUGCCCAGCUUCUCAUCCAACGUCAGGAGAUUGAUAUCCACCUUUCACUCUCCUCUGUUCAAAAGGGUCAACACCCCAACAUCGUUGACAUGUCUGCUGUCAUUGAGACCAAGGACUCUCUUUACUUAGUAAUGGAGUAUUGUUCUGGUGGUGAUCUUUAUGACGCCAUUACCUCUCAGCAUGCUGCCGCUGCUGAUUCGGGCAUGGGCUUUGUUACCAAACCCAGUGGUCGCUACCUUAAUGUCCACUCUGACACCUCUGUUCUUGAUGCUAUGGAGCAAAUCAUCUCUGCAUUGAUCCAUGCUCAUCGUCAUCAGGUCUUCCAUCGGGAUCUCAAACCUGAAAACAUCCUUGUCGCUGGUGAUGGUUCCCUCAAGCUGGCUGAUUUUGGCCUUGCUACCAGGGAUCGCGUCUCAUCUGACUUUGGUUGUGGAAGCUCCUUCUACAUUGCUCCUGAACAGCAACCCUCAUCUUUGCCUGCCUCUGCUGGCGGUCGUCGUCCUUAUCUCCCUUCCAAAUCUGAUGUCUGGUCUUUGGGUAUCAUCUUUUUGAACUUGCGAUUUGGUCGCAACCCCUGGAAGAUGUCGCGUGCUAGCGCUGAUCCAACGUUUGCAGCCUAUGUCCAGAACCCAAAAGUUUUGGACGGUAUGUUCCCCGAGUUGUCUGCAAGCGCUCUUCACUUCUUGCACCGCGUGCUCUGUGUCGAUCCCAACGAGCGUGCUGAUUGUUUCGAAGCCUUGGAGCUCCUUCAUCGCAUCGACAGCAUCGUUCGAAAGGAUACUUCCAUGGAAGAAUGUGAUGAGAGCCGAGCGUUCCAUGAGUCUUCAUCUUCAGUCUUUUCAUCGUCGUCUACUUCAUCCUCUGAUGAUGCUUUGUCUUCAAAGUCAUCGAUGGCCGAUUCGCCUAUCAUGUCAUUGAAUGGUACUUCUACGUCCACUACCUCCUCCUCAUCCUCUUUGCAUCAUGAUGAUAUUUUCCAUAUGGAGGAUGACUUUGGUGCCAAGAACAUGCAGUUGAGAUGGUCAUUGACUUCUUCUGCAAAGUCAUGGUCUGAUAUGGCUGAUGAAGAUGAGAUGGACUUUUCUCAGCCCAUUGAGUUUGAGCAACAGCAACAGCAACAGCAACCAGUUGACUUUCUUUCCCAUGUUGGUUUCCCUAAACUUACGGACCUUGUGAGUGCCAUGACUGCAUCUUCGGCAACUGCCCCUGUUGAGGUCGCAUAGGAUCUUUUUUAUUUUUAUUUUAUUUUAUUUUAUUGUUGUUAUUUUUCUUUUUCUGUUUUUGUAAACAUUUUUGAUAAUAUCAUUUGUAGUAUCCCCAUGUCUUUGUAGCUUUCACCCCAUUUUUUUGUACAUUAAAAAUAAGAAAAAAAAAUUUUGGCAAACCCACUACCCAACCCAUGCCUCUUUUUUUUUUUUUUU